AUGUCAAGUCUCAAUAAUCCAAUCAAUCCUGAGUACACCCAGGACGGCGAAAAAAGGUUGCGUACGAAGGUGGCGUGUGACUAUUGCAGAAAACGGAAGUCCAAAUGUGAUGGCGAAGAACCUUGUUCCAAAUGUAUUAGUCGCAAGCGCGAGUGUGUUUACUCAUAUGUACCAAAGGAGAGAAAGAAACGUAUGAGCAGUGCUGAGGCUAGAAAGACAAUCAAGAGGGAGCCCAAGGUAUCUAAACAAGGUAAAACUAUAAAUGAAUUGAAUGCUAGGAUAAAUGUAUUGGAAAGUUUAGUCACAAGACUAGUGACAAAUUUGGACCCCACCGAUAAAAUGGGCAUACUUGCUCAGAUAUCGGGGAAUCAGGAACUGACUGCGGAAAAUGAUUCCGUUGGCAACAUGUCUGAUGAGGUAUCGGACGAUGAGGAUAUGCAUGAUGCAAGUACAGACAACUCUCCUUAUAGAGAGCAAAGCUUGGUCAGCGACGCAAAAUCCAUGAAGCAAAUGCUUGAACCGCAUUAUUCUGCUAAGGACAAGGAUUGCAUGGCAAAGAAAACCAUGAAACGUAUCUCCGAAUUUUGUGGCGCUCACUCUCUAAUGUACACACUUUCUGGUCGCUCAAUGAAAUGGGUAAAAGAACGUCUUCAAGGUUCGCGAGCCAGUUUGGUUAACCCACAGUUGUAUGCUCCUUUGAAAAGUGUUCCUUUAGUGUUGUCUGAUGCAGUUGAUCGAUCAACAAACAUAUUAAGUAAACAAAGACAGCCACAAAAUCCUCAAACUUAUUUCUCACCAUCACACAAGGCAUUGUACCUGGAAUUGUUGGAAGCCUAUUAUCGAAGAGUUUGCAUGGGGUCGUUUGUGUGUACAAGGCACGAAAUCCAAGACCUUUUUGACAAGUACUAUUAUGCAAUUUCUACAAAUAAUAGUUCCAUAUUAUCAACCAUUACCCGAAGUGAAUUUUUAAUAAUGAAUUCAGCAUUGGUGUUAUCGCUAUCCAAAUUCACAUCGCCGAAACGUAUCAUUGGUUCACACCAUCCGAAUUUGUCGGCAUUAACAAUCACAGAAGCUGAAGAGCUCCGUUCCAAACUCUUUGAUAAUGCAAUGUAUGAUUAUGACUACGUCUCCAAACACAAUGAAGGGUACAGAUCCCUUCAAGGGCUUGCUUUGUUAAGUUUGGUGAUUGAAGAGUCGUUUAUAUCGGAUUUCCAUGUGAAUUACAUUAUUGUGAGUAUUAUGGGAAGAUAUGCCAAAGAACUCGGCUUUCACAGAGUAGAAGUCUUGGAGGAAAAAGAUCGUGAAUCCGCUUUGGCUUAUAGGAAGAUGUGGUUAUUUUGUGAGUACAUGAGUGUUGAAAUUAGUUACAAGAGUGGGAAGCCAAUGUUGAUCAACAACGAAGAUGUCACCACGUUAAGUGAGGUAGAUCCUUGUAUUAUAUCUGUGCCAAGAAACUUGUUUGUCAAUCCUGAUUAUGAAAGAAAUGCACCUAGAUUGAUUGCAUCUUUGAAAAAGGAAGGUGCUGUGUUUUAUUUUGCACAUUUUGUGCUUAUGUUGACACGGAUCAAGGCAAAAAGUUAUUACAAGUUGUACUCAAAACUUCCAUCCAGUAUCAACACACAAGGAGCGCUCACUGUUGUCAAUGAGAUCAAUGACGAUAUGAAGACAUUGGCCCAACUAAUAGAGCCUGGAAUCAUAGAGCCUGUUGGAGACCAUCCAUUUACAUUGCCUCAGUUUGAUUGUGAUGAGGAGAUAUUGAAAUUCAAUGUACUUCUGUUCCACUUGUCAUAUCAUGCACACAUUCUAUCAGUGAAUAGAGUUCCUUUCCUUGAACAAUUUGAGAUUGAAGAUGAUAGGCUUUUACAUUACGGUAAUAAGUCUCUCCGAGCUGCCAGGUAUAUUUUGCAAUGUGUCUCCAACCCAAACUCGUUGUGGAAAAUUGAUGACGCCAGUUUCCCCUUUUUGAUAUUUUACCCCUUUGUGGCAUUCUUGAGUAUUUUGGGUAAUUGCUUAGUGUAUCCUACGGAACCUUCCUCGUAUUAUGAUUGUUUACUAUUGAUUGAUGCUUCGUUGAACUUUUUUGCCUAUAAAGGGACCCAGUCGAGCAACCUCGACAACAAAAGAAUGUUUUGUGAUAUGGUGAGUCGCUCAGUGUUGAGGAUAUUGAUCGAUACUAUGGAAAAAAAAGCCAAUGUACACUUUUACAGGAUGAGGCCUGGCUUAAAGGAACAUAUUGAAUCGUUGCAAACAAAGUACCCGGAAAUAUUCCAGCCCAAUUCCGACGAUAACACAAGAGAUCCUACGCCGAGUCACAGCCAACCUCCGCUUGCACCACCUUCUAGUUCAACUUCCUCCUCUUCGUCAUCAGGGUCAUACAACACUAGUGUCAAGCCAGUACUAUCCAGUUAUACCAACAGUUACCAAUUGGCUAGUAAACCCGGUGAGCAACUGGACGCUUUUGGAGUCGGAAUGCCACCAGUGGGUGAAGUCAUUGAUUUUGAGAAUUUGAUGAAUGAGGAAAACUUUAAUCAAUUUGUCUUUGGUGAGAUUAAUGAAUUGUCGGGGUUUUUUGAUUACGAUUUAAACACUUGA